AGGCCCACAAGCCCCGCCCCCUUCCCGCGGCGCGCACGCGCAUAGACAACAAAGCCGGGAUGAGUCGCUCGGCCUUCUGGGAGUUGUAGUGUUCGGCCCCAGCGUCCUGCGAGCCCGCCCGUGGUGUGGUCCCGAGUGGAGACCUAAGCGAAGAUGGGGCGGGACCCCGAGGGGGAGGAGGCGGAGCCUGCGGGCUUUGGGCGCGAGCUGUUGAAAGGCCGUUGGUGCGGGUUCGGUUGCUCGGUGCGGCCCCGGCCGGCCCCAUGGCUGACCCCGAGGAGAUUCGGGCUUCGCCGCCGCCGCCGCCUCCCUCGUCUCCGUCUUCAGGCGCCUCUUCGUCGUCCCUCAGCACGCCGGUGCGUUUGGGCUGGCGGAGUUCGAGCCGAAGCCACGCCGCAGCGGUGGACCCCCUGGAGCAAGUGGAGCUGCAGAUCGGGGACGCAGCAUUUUCAUUAACGAAACUUCUUGAAGCCACAUCUGCGGUAUCAGCUCAGGUGGAGGAGCUUGCCCUGAAGUGUACAGAAAAUGCACGCUUCCUGAAAACGUGGCGGGACCUCCUGAAAGAAGGCUAUGAUUCCUUGAAACCCGACAACUGACUUGCAGAUGUGGUCGGGUAAGGAAUGACUCACCGGUCAGAUAUUUGCACAUGGACCACGUUUAUGAGGCCGCCCGUCUCCAGGCAUGCCAAGAACGGGUUUUCUUGGUAUUCUUGACUUUGAGAAAGCAGAAUACUGAAGGCCACUUUGUUUGUUUGUUUUCUCUCUUAUGACAGUGUUGACCUUGAAUACUUUUCUUCCCUCUACGCUUUUGUAGACUCUUUUAUGAAAGCUGAUUUCAUCAGUAAAUAAUCGACUGUCUAGUGCCUCAGUGCGACCAGGUCAUUAUUUGUUUGUCGAGAAGAUUCCCCAAAAUGGCUGAGCUUGGAGUCCUUUUGUCCCCUAAGGCAGUCGAUGAAGACUUUAGGUGGUGGUCCAGCUCCAUGGGACCAGUGAGGGCGCCUUCUUUCCUUGUCAGUACCCGAAGCCACGUCACACAACCCUCAGUGCCUGUGACUGAGACUCAAGUGUCACUAGAAACACUUUUUGCUGACUGCUUUCUAGGAUGAAGACUAAUUGUUUCUCUAUGAAAACCACCUGAGUCUAAACUUCAUUGGCUUGAAGAAAAACAUACUGUAUUUUUUUUUGUGGGAAACUGAGUGUUCUUCUGACUUGAGACAUUCUGGCUGUGAAGGCCAGGCUUCUGUCUCAGGCUCUUCAGUGGCAGGCAGGAGUACUGUAGGAACCCCAUACCCAGGCUAGGGGGUCUGAGUCUUGAUGAUGACUUUUUAAGAUAUUUUUAAAAAUAUUUUUCCCAUUCUAUGAUCCCAUUUUAAAAAAGCUUUUACUUCAUGAAAUGAAAACUUUUAUAGACUACAUACUUUGGUCUAUUUAUUUUUAUAGUUAGCUGCUUUUAUAGCUAAUAUUUUUCUUAUUGUUAGUGUUCUAUAUGUCCGAUUGUUAUCUUUGAAAUACGUUACCAAAUUUAUGGCCGUUUGCUAUUAAUAGAGCUUUGCAAGUUAUUUGCAUUAUUUUAAAGUUAGUUUGUUUCCAGUGUAUCCAUUUAACUGGUUCAAUGCAUUUCAUAUCAGUUGCCCUUGCUGUUGGGUUUGAAUUCACCUACACUGUAUUUUAUGUAAUUUGUGCCGUCUUUCAUCAAGCCGUGUACCACGUUGAUGCAUAGGAGCUUUAAGUAUCUUUUAUGUGGUGUCUCUGUAGAUAUGUCUAUGUGAACAGAACUGUAUUCUAAAGUCUCACAGUGGCGCUGUGAUAGGGGACACACGGAUGGGCAAAGACUAGUUUUGACAUAGUCAUAGUUAAUUUUUUUUGUUUGUCUUUUAGUUAAGUUCACACAACACGUAUGGUGUGAUUUCUGUACCAAAGAGAUGCUUAUUCCCGUAUGAGAGAAAUACGAAUUGUAAUCUGAAAAUUGCAGUUUAAAAAUGUAUAAAAAUAAAUGUGUUACAAGUAAA